AAGACUCGGUGACGACUUUGGCGAUAGCCAUUGCAGAUCACCAACAAACACCUAAUGAAACUUAUGUGGGAACUUGCUUGGACAAAGUUAGAAAUGUGUUUAAGCCCCAAUGGAUGAAAAAUCAAGAUGACAUUCUAUGUUUAUUUCAAGUAUGCCUAGAGAUUAGUCCUAAAGAUACCAAUCUAGUAGUUAAAUGCUGUAAACUGUUGAGUAAUGUAUUACCAAAACUCAGCAUUAGUGAAGAAAAUCUUUUAAAAAAUACAAUUUCUUGGACACUAUCGUGUAUUUUCCAUUUUAAAACCGGUGCUCAGUAUUCAGAAAAAAUUAAUGAAAUUCUUAAUUUUUAUGUUUGUAGUAUUCAAACAUUUAGAAACUUAAACAUUAGCAAUAAUACAAUCAUUUCUAAUGUAAUGGAUUUAUUACUUCAAUUAUUAAAAAAAAUUGAAAACAAAUCUGAGGAUCCACAGACAAAUAUUGAAAUACUAACAUAUAUUAAAUUUCUUGAAGCAACCGUGAUUAUUAUAAAAGAUUAUGAUUAUAUCAAUACUGUUGGAAUUAACAUAAUUAAAUUUAUGGAACAGUCAAUAAAUCAAAAAAAUUAUAUGCAAUCACAUUGCGAAGAAGUUUUGAAAUAUGGACUACAAAUUUUGUCACAACUUAUCGAUCAGUCUAAACAAUGGACUAAUGAUAAUUUUAACAAAUUGUUACCAACUGUUUUGAUAUAUUUAAGGUAUGGUUUGGUUUUUAAUCAAUCAAAAUUUYUUAACAAUUUGCAACCCUCUCCUAUCGUUCAAUGGGAAAAUCCAUCAAGACUAGAUAUAGUACCUACGAUUAAUAUGACAAAUAAACGACGUCAAAAAAAAAAAAGAAUUAUAGAAUCCAAAAAUAAAGUACCAAAAUUUGUUACUAUUUCAGUAGACGAUGAAGUGUUGAUGAAUGUAAGGGAUUCAGAUUUUUCUGAAGAUGAACCAUGUACAUCUAAUGUGAUUGGACAUUUAACAUUAGAUAUACGGUUGUUGGCUGCACAAAUAAUGAAGAAAAUGUUUACCAUAGUUGAGAAAAAAAUGUUGUUAGGGUAUUUGUACACAAUUGUUGAUGGUCCAAUGAACAUUCAAAAUUGUUUGAUUUCUGAAGUAGGAAAUUCAGUACGAGAACCUUCUUCUAGAGUACGCGCAACUAUUAUAACUGCGAUCACAUCUAUUUUUAAUGGAGCAAAAAUUUUUUUUGCUCAAGCUCAAUAUAGAGAGAAAAAAGGCGYAUUUACAACAUGGUCUGAAACUCUUGCUGAUUAUAUGAUUACAAUACAUAAUACAUUGUUAAAAGAUUUUGGUAUGGAAACUCAUAGUGUACGUCUUGUACUUUUGCAUUGUGAAGGUACUGGUGGACGUUCUGGAAUGUAUUGUGAAUGGGCGUCACUGAGUUCGGCAGUUCAAAACUGUGGCGAAUUUGGUCAAAGUGUUUUAAGUAAGUUCCCAGCAGGUUCAGGCAAGGAAGUUGUGUUGUCAGUCAUCAAACAACUAUCAUCAAAUUUAGGUAUAACUCAUCCACCUGAACCAAGUAAACUUGUCAAAGACAAUGAAGUGAUCUGGUGUAUGGAAGUUAUUUGUUAUGGUUUAAGCUUACCACUGUCUGAACAUGAUACAAUUAGAGAUUGUGUUCAUAUUUAUUGUGAUUGGCUUUCAGCGUUAUAUGAAGUACCAAAACUAUCMGUUCCAAAACCAGUAUGCAACGAUCCAAAUCUAUAUGCUAGAAAAAUAAUUUCACAUUUCUAUAAUUUAUUUGUACCCCGAAAAGGAGAAGGUACUGACACAAUUAAUCGCCAAGCAGUCUUGUGCCAUCGUGUCUUAAGAACAUUGCAUGAUUUGUCAAGAACAUCUAAAAUUAUUGAGCCAGAAACUUGGGAAGCUUUGUUGCUAUUUCUUCUGGCCAUCAAUGAUGCCUUGUUAGCUCCACCAACUGUAAAAGAGGAUGUUGGAGAGGAGUUAUGUGAACGAGUAUUAAGCGUUCUUAUAGAAGUAUGGCUUGUUGCUUGUGUACGUUGUUUUCCUUCACCUUCACUAUGGAAAACAUUGCGAGAAAUGGCAGUCACUUGGCGCCAUCGUACUGCUUUGAUUCAUCAAUGGAAUCGUAUAAACUUAGCACUUACUGCUCGUGUACUGACAUUCAUGUAUGGUCCUGGUUUUCCACAGCUAAAAAUACCUAAUGAAGACAUUCACCUGAUACCAUCUGGAAUGACUAAUCACACAAUAGCUCAAAGUUGGUUUAGACUGUUACAAACUAUUGGAAACCCUGCUGAUCUUAGUCGACCAACUACAAUUAGUCGAACUCCCAAAUUUCUCCAAGCUGCACUGUCUGACCCAAAUCAUAGACUUGUUGAUCCAUCAAAUCAUCCAUGUUUAAAU